AUGGAUAUAUUAUCCCGCUGCAGUUCUAUAAGUCAUGAGUUUAUCAUCAAAAAUGUACCUUCGCAGAACAAACUCGAUCAAGCGGAGGAUUUCGACACUUCAUAUGACAAAAAUUCCCUAAUUUUUUAUGAUAGGCUAAAAAUCAUUUCUUCAAUCGCAUUAUUUAUCGGGCAUAUUAUUUUUUGUACAGGACUUUUUUAUCCUAUAAUUAUCCUUAAAGAUGGAAUAUACUCGGAUCAUUCAAUAUUUGUUCCUCACAGUGAAACUCUUUUGCAUUCGAUAAAGACUCUAUUUGAACAGGGUGCUUAUAUUACGCUUUUUGUGGCGCUAGCAUUUUCUGUAACUUUGCCUUUUAUAAAAAUAACUCUUACAAUAUAUGCUGUUUACAAAUCAGCCUCCUACAAAAAUUUGACGCUUGAUAUAAUCAGGUCAAUCAACUUCAGUGAACUUGACAACGCAAAUAGGUUGAACAAAUUAUGCCACUGGAUUUUGUUUUCUCUAAAGUCCAUUUGCAAGUUCCAGUUUGUGGACUCUAUAAUCAUUUUGUUCAAUGUGGCCUUUCUCAAAAAUAGCUUCAUUGUGUCAUCGACAGGUAAAGGAAUUGUUUGUGUAAUAAUUUACUGCCUAAUCUCAAUUCCUUCUACGCAACUUCUCUACCACUCAUUUUACGAAGAGUCAAAGAUACUUGAUAAGUGGGUUAAACGUGCAACAAAUCUGAAAGAUACAGAAUUAAAUUUAGGGGAGGAGAACUAUAUAUUCGCUGAAAUAUCAGUUGUUUUUUUUUCUAUGAUCAUGAUAUUUUCCUCCAUAGUUGUUCUAUCGCAUGAAAAGUUAUUUUUUGUGGGAUUCACCAUUGAUUCCACUAAGAAGUUUAUUAUUGGCGGCUCAGAAUUCUCAUAUAUGGAAAUAAUUUCAACGCUUUAUAAUGAUCCUAUUUUCCUUUUCUCGUAUUUUAUUCUCCUGGUGUUAGGUAUCAUAAUACCCGCUAUUCAAACUGCAUGCUUUUUAUUUGGAAUUAUAUUAUAUAAUUUGCACUUGAAAAUCACUGAUCGGUCGAAGAUGAAGAGGCGAUUUGGGAUUGGUAAAAAGCUUAAGUCCUUGAGCAUAAAAUUGGUACGCCGGUUAUUAUACAUCGCGCAAGUUUUAUCGGAUUGGGCUUGUGCAGAUGUAAUUGCCCUAGCUUUGAUUGCCACUAGAUCGAACCUCGUUACUGCACCUAGGGUCAUUGCCCGUGUCCCGCCGAGCUAUUCCAUAUCAGCUUUCUACAUGCUUAUAUCAUUAGGUCUAUCCUCAUUUUCCAUACAAAUACUUUUAAACCAUAGAUUUGUAUACAAGAUUAUUGAUGACUAUGAUGAGUUAGAAUCGGAUAUUAAUUCCAGUCAGAUCCCAUCAAUAAGCCAAUCUAUUAUUCAUGCGAAUACAAAAAAUAUGACAUCCACGAAUGUAUCUAUCGUCGAAAACUAUGGGUUUCAAGAUAAAGAUUCACGCAUUUCAGGAAUUUCCGACAAUAUGGAGGGCAGAAAUUCCAUGAAAGAAACUUUAGUUAACUAUGCGGAGGCCAGAUCCAACAUUAACUUGUCGAUACCGCCUGUCUGCACGAAUAAUAUACAAAACACAUCUUCCAUCGGUAAACGGAUAGAUAAAUUCCCUGCUAUCAUAAUUAAUUCAUUGGCAUGCAUAUUGGUGAGCAUCAGCGUAUUAUAUUCAUAUAAGUACAAUGUUAAUCCUAUUGUACUCAAUAUCAGUAGUAUCCAAAAGUUUAUGGAUGAUAGUGGGUCAGAAAUGUUUUAUUUGAUGCGGAAAAAUCUUCCUGCCAGUGCCGGGGUAUGCUCAAUUGAUGGCGUGAAAGCCCCGACGCCUUGUUCUGACAUUGGCAAUAUCUAUGUGACAAAGAGCGUCCUGUAUUUCAAUGUGCCCUGGAUUACCGGAAUUGACACUAUUCGACUAACAGCAACCAGCAUUAAAUCAUCUGGAGAUAGAAUAAAACUUGAUUUUAUGUUCAGAUUUGGUAAAUUGAGUAUUUAUAGCAUCGUGGGCUCAUACAUAUUUUCAAAAAUCCACGAAUUAUACCGAGGGUACGACGCGUGUUGUGGAGUAAAUGUGGGAAUGAACGUUAAAAUCAGUUUGAAGUGUUCAAAUACGGAGCCUGUAAUUAGCGAUAUAAAAAUCCAAUUGAUACGUCUGUCAAAUGUGCAUUUGGGGAAGUUGAUUGAAGAUAUGGUCAACAAGUUUUUAGACGUGAGGAAGUUUUUGGAUUCCAAGAUCACGUCUGAGGCCAAUAAGUUUUUGGAUCCUCAAAACAAAUUUAUUUAUUACCAGGAUAUGAACUUAUCAGUGCAGGAUCUGAUGAACUAUCUGGUCAAAGUGAACGCACCGGCAGGAUUGAUCUGUCGCGACAAUACCGCUGCACCCGGUGCACAGUAG